UGGCAAAACGUGAACAAGUGCGCAUCGCUGCGACGCAGAGGAAGCGAGAGAUUUUUUGUUCGACAUUGCGUCGUCGUUCGCUCGUCGGCCGUUUGUCGUAACGUCACACGGAAUUGUUUUGAUUUUUCCGCUCGCGAGAGGACCUGGACGACCGGGAAAAGCGUCGGCGUCGCGACGGUGGAAAACCAUACCGAGCGAGAGGUGUGCGUACGUGUGGGUGUACGUGUGUGUGCACGCGAGCACGCGCGACCAAUUCUGAGGAAAAAUCACAGUGUGCUGUGUGCGAGCAAGUGAGUGCAGUGAAACAACGCACACACACAUACUCCGACGACACACGGGUAUUGUUCUUGGGUCGUCGUUUUUUUUUUUGCUGUUGCUGCUGUUGUUGAUGUGUUGUGUGCGCGCUCAGCGCCGGAUUACUUGGAUCGCGCGGGUUAGUGAAAAACGGCUGGAAACACUCUCAGAGCAUCCGGUGUGUGUGGCAGAGGCGUACGCCGCGAACUCAGUGCUGCAGAUAUUUUCAGUUAUUUACAGUUCUUGUUUGAUUGUUCUUUUUUCGGAUUGUUGUGUUCUCCGGUGUGUACAUAGUUAACACAGGAAAAGUUCGUUGUACAAACAAACGCUCAAACAAGUAGAACUGGGAUGUAAGGACAUAAAAGACAAUUAUUAUUGAUGUAGUAAAACAUUUCCAAUUUCGGCAUCAUCAUUGUUGCCCUGUCUGCAAUUGAAAAAAAAGUGAAACGAAUAUUUUUUUCGGUUGGACUCAGUAUGCCGUGGAAAUUCCGAUGAGUGAUUGGCCCUUCGGAGGAGAAUAACGCAGCCUACUAAACAAGCUAGGAACGUACGACGGCGACUGAUUCAUGAUGUCGGAAGCCAGAGGAAAGCCCACCAGCUCCAGCAGAUCGCACUCGUGCCCCGAAAGUUGCAACGGCGUUGCGUGAAGAAAUGUUCUGUAUGUGAACCCCUACCCGAAGGAUUCCGUUAAGUUGCGUUGUUUGCCUUAGUUCUUAUUAGUGCAAUUUUAUGAUUUAUUUGCGUAGAAGAAACCAUCAGUUUGGUUGACAUACACACAUACAACACAUACACACAUACGCAUAAUCAUACAGUGUGAAGAAAGUAGAGUGGAAUUGGAAAGUGGUUUCGUGUCUUUGUUGAUUAAUCACCGGUGCAACAUUCCGAACAUAGGGUCCAUCAACGCGGGGAGCAGCUAGUGCACAGACACGGGCGCCCCACAGGACGACACGGCAGAUAAUAUGGCCGCGUAUGCUCAAUUUGGUUACACAUAUCCGUCGGCAAGUCAGUUGUUGGUUGGUGGUGGACAGACGACAACCGCCAGUUCACAGUCACCAAUCUCGGCCACGAACGCUCCGUCAUUGAGCCCGGGUGGGUCGGCAACAGGCGCGCCAUCAGGUGCCUUAAGCCCCGGGGCAGUCUCACAAACCUCCAACAAUGCGCCACCGGCUACCUCCUGCUGUGAGAACGGCAGGCCUAUUAUGACCGAUCCUGUAUCAGGACAAACCGUAUGCUCGUGCCAGUACGACUCGACCCGGUUAGCACUUUCCGGCUACUCCCGGAUACCAACCGGUAGCGUUGGAGUGUACGGCACACCCUACCCCUCGACCGAGCAGAACCCAUAUCCCAGCAUCGGCGUAGAUAGUUCAGCAUUUUAUUCACCUCUUAGCAACCCGUAUGCUUUAAAAGAAAGUGGACCAACUAGUGAUAUGACCGCAUGGACGUCCGCGGGUCUACAGCCAACGACCGGAUACUACCCGUACGAUCCGGCCCUGGCCGCCUACGGAUAUGGCGCUGGUUAUGAUUUAGCGGCCCGCAGAAAGAAUGCAACCCGCGAGUCGACGGCAACGCUCAAGGCGUGGCUCAACGAGCACAAGAAGAACCCGUACCCGACCAAGGGUGAGAAAAUUAUGCUGGCGAUCAUCACCAAGAUGACACUGACGCAGGUGUCCACCUGGUUCGCGAACGCACGUCGGCGGCUGAAAAAGGAGAACAAAAUGACGUGGGAGCCCAAGAACAAGACGGACGAUGACGACGAUGCGAUGGUGUCCGACGACGAGAAGGAUAAGGACGACAUGGAUCCGGAUAAGAGUCGUGAUCACAAAGAUAUGCAUCACCAUCACGUGAAAGCCGAGCACGACAAGGAGGACGACGAUGAUGAUCUCACCGACGAUGAACGGAAGCCGGAAAACUUAAUGGGGCAUCCGGGACAUCUGGGGCAGCACCAUCCGUACUACCACCAUUCGAUGCUCGGGGGACACCACCACCAUGCAGGACUCAAAUCAGAAUUGGACCAUCCAAAAAACCAAACGGGCAGCGACUGUGGAGUGCCGAUUCCAGCCUCAAAGCCGAAAAUCUGGAGUCUAGCAGACACAGCCGCUUGCAAAACCCCACCACCACACUCGGCUCUACACAGCUCCUGGAUGACCGGCGGCUAUCACCCCGGGCAGCACCACCAGAACCAGCAGGGGCAAGUCAAUCAGCAGCAGCAGCAGCAUCAGCAUCCGCACCACCUCCAGCAGCAUCCGGCCAGUGGGAUGAUGAUGGGCGGCGAAAGUUCCCCUAUGAGUAUGAAUAUGGCAAAUACGGCGCACAGCCAAGGUAUGGGGACUAUGGGCAGUGGUAUGAUGAACAAUUUCGCGAAUACCCCAUAUUCCCGCCAUGGGGGGUUUCUAACCGGAGCUCAACACUACAAUACUACCCACAACAACAAUACCAACAGCAAUACGAGUACGGGUCAAGUGACGGAUGCUACAACACCAACUUUGCAGCAGCAACAGCAGCCGCCGCAGCAGCAGCAGCAUCCACUUCAAGGGAUGCACCAACAGCACCAGCAGCAGCAACUUCAGCAAUCCCAGCAACCUAUGAACAGCAACAAUUCCCAGUCGAUGGGGUUUCCCGAGGUCCAGACCGACACUCCGCCCCAAACCCCACCGAAUAUGAAGCUGCCCAGCGUGGCGGGGAACCUUCUUACGGUCUCAACAACCCCUACGACCGGUACCUGCUUUAACAACGGCCAGAACAGCGCCGGCAGCAUCAACAAUAACAACAACAACCUCACGCCCAACAACAACAACCUGAACCAAGCCAACGGAUACGCGUCUUCGCCUGAAUCGAUGGGACAGUCCAGUCAGCAAGGACAGAACAACUACUACCGAAUGCAGUCUAACUCACCUCAAAAGUCCCAGCAAGACUAUUCCCAGCAAAUGCUUCAUCAACCGGAUGGUUUCAAACCAUUCUACAAAAAUACACCACAAGGCAACGGGUUCGUGUCUCCGGUCUAACGCUAAAGAGUUUCAAACGAAUGCUCACGAGAAAUUGUUCGAAUUUGGCCGCGGAUCGCAGCAAGCCAGUGAUCCUUGAAGGUAUGGCACUUUUUCCAUCAUAACAUCUAGAAAAUUCCUGUUGAGCUAGGAAAAGAUAGAAACAAAAUCAGAAUCAGUCGCCACAGUCCAACAUCAUGCUAGAUCGAAGCAAGCCAGGAAAGAACAACAAUCUUCAUCGACUCGCACGUGCACUGCUGCAACAAGUUUUCCCGCGCGCUUCAUCAGUCUGUGGAUGCAACGAUGCAACAAUUUUCCUGUCGCGCAACGUGGUCUUCGCUCGUCUUGCAGCUCGCUCCGGAGAAUCAUCUGUGUGUGUUGUGUAUUUAUCUAGGAAAAGUGGAAUCAUAAUUAUUAGUACUGCAGUCGAGACGCUCUAUUCCGCGGGAGACCAAACCUUAAAACAGUAUACGAGAAAGAGAGAGGAAGAGCUCGUCGAACGAACAGUUUCGCUUACUGUUUGGGAUGAAAUUUAACAAGUGGACAAACCAUAAGCGAAGCCACAUUCAUGGGCUAUGUGCAACAAGAAGGAAAAAUAAAACAUGAUGCAAAAAAAGUGUAAAAAGAGAUUUUUAUAAGACGAUGCAAAUAGUUUUGACUGUGUAGUAUAAUUCUACCACUUAAAUAAAACACGCGAAGCAACAACAAAAAAACGACAAAUUUACAUGAAAGUGCUAAGGUUUUCUUUCUAGUAAAGCUACGUGCAAUUUUCUUCCCCUUCAUACAAUAUUGUUUGCGUGUGCCGCACUGUUAUCGCGCAUUAUGUGUGAGAUCAAACGAAAACCUGAAUCGAUUGUUUUCAUUUUUCGGCCUUGUAUUAUAUAUAUAUUUCACGUAAAGUAAAAUCGAAAAGUAAAAUGUUGAGAACGCAUUUGUAAUCUGUGAUAACAAAAAAGUAUAUAAAAAAUAUUGAACAUAUUUAACGCCCCUAACUUAAGAUCCACAAGAGUUCCGGUUUAUUUUCUGUCGACCACGACUAUUUCUUCAAGCCGUUCAUUUGCAAGAGUAAAAACGCCCUCUGUUCUAAGCAAAUAUUACAGAUGAAAUCACUUUUCUUACGAAUUUGUUGAUGUUUUGUAUAAACGUAUUGGAUGUUGAGGAAAGCAAAGAAGCUCAGUGAAGAGCGUUGAGCACUCCCAAAAUUGCACCUUACUAGAAGUGGAGAUUUUUAUAUGCAUCGUGAACAGAACAUAACCAAAUUUUGAUCAAAAAUGAAGUCUACAAAUUUGUAUAAAUUUUUACGUUGUUUGAAGCAUUAUGUUACUGAACAUAGAAGAGCAGCUGUAAAUAAGAACGUUUGGGGUUUUAUCUUCUGCUAGAAUGAACACAGUAAAACAUCCAGUAAACGUAAAAUCAACAUUAAACGUUCUGUACAUAACGCAUAAUAAUGUAUCUAAUAUCAUAUUACACAGUAAGGCAAAUCAACGUAAGCUGCACUAUCGGAGAAUAAUUUUCCAGUUUAAAAAUACUACACUUCAUAAACAAUCGAUAUUUCCCCUAAAAUCACAAACACGCAAACAGUACGUCUUAAGUUACAAUCGUUCUUCACCUAGCGAAAAACAAAAAAAACGAAAAUAGGAAUAGUCGACGCACAUCAACAUCCGCCUCUUUCAUAAAUCCUACAACCUUAACAUCUGAAAAAACAAACGAACAAAAAAAAAGAAUUAUCCACAAUAAAGUUUCACGAGCUGUUUGGUUUCACGAUUUACCACUUACUGUUAGCACGAAAGCGGGAAGCCCAAAAAGCUGGUGAAGGUUAAUGCAUUAGUGAAAAUUUGCUAUUAAACAUUAAUUAUGAUGAAUACUGCAAGAAGAAACGGUAGCGAAUACCGCGCAUGAAUGUACACACUUAUAUCUUCUAUCAAUAUGGAGAAAAAAAAACAGACAAACAAAACAAACAAGCAGUACUACGACACAGUGAAGAGUAAGAGCAAGGUACAUCUAUUCUAAUAGUUAUGAUUACUGAACAAAGCAAAACAGCAAGAAAAUAUAUAGUGAGGUAAUGCAUACAGAAAACACUAUAAAUUAUAUAUAUUUAAACAAAAAUCACUAGGAAAAUAGAAGUAAUAAUAAAACGAA